AUUUGUAUUUGCCGCAUUUCGAAAUGAAUCGAUUUCGAGACACACACUGACGCACAGCAGAUUGUAUUGGCGAAUCGGUAAGGACAAACGGUUCGUGGAUGGAGCUGGCAGGGAUUAGGUACGGGUUCAGCUUGUGGCUCCUCUUGCUCCAUUUCAGCUGUAUCCUGGCCAUCAUCGAUCACACAAAAUGCAAAGAAUGCGAACAGUACAAAUACAAAUUGCCAGAGAGAUGCAAAUAUUUGGUGGAGGAUAUUCAUGUGUUUGAGCGAAAAUGUGGCGGCACAUAUCCACUAAUGGCAUUUACCAAAUAUCGGGAUACAUUCGUUAAGACCGGCGAACCAUAUUCCCUGUACAUGCCAAGCUCCUUGGAUCAUGUGCUUCUGCUGAUGAAGGACUCCGCAUUGCAGAGCUGUGCGCGCAUUCAAGUGGGCGAUACGAACACGUUCUUUUGCCUGGACGAUAGCACCAAUGAGACGAUCAAACUGGAUGUGGCCCACAUGUAUUGCUUCCCAUUUCACAUCCAGCUGCCGGAUGAUCUGAUGCAGGAGUGCCUCAUAGAGAAUGAGAUGACCAAUGGCUUUCUGAACGAUAUCCUUCGCACACGACGCGGCAUCAUCCACUAUACCUUUGGCUCUAGUCGGGGCCAUCGUCUCAAUUGUGGAUAUUUGUUGCCGAAUCUCCUGCUCCUCGUGCCUCAUCUCCUGCCAUCGAUGAUGAGUCGUAAAUUUUUAUGCGAGCUGCCAUAAAGAUUGAUCGGUUAAGCCAAAAAGGGGAUGGCAUUAAGCAAAAAUUGCUUUAAAAAAAAACACAAAAAAGCGCAAAAAACAAAAACGCUAAAGCUGAGUAAAUAUAUAUGUAUAUGAAUUGCCAGUCUUAUCGAUGGCCUUGCUCCUGGCCAUCUCCUUUGCGCCACCACCGGCCCUUGUUGUGUAUUUUUUAUUUUAUGGC